UACUCAGUGAGUACAAGAGGUUUGUUUGAAACAGACCGCAAUGGAGAGAUCAGCGCCCAGGGAAGGGAGGGAACAGCAGGCUCCUUCCAGCAGCACAUCGGGAUGGGAGCCUGGGACACAGAGGGGGCUCCGAGACCGGGAUUGAUUCGGGGCAAAUGUUUGAUGGACCAAGAUGAUGUAAUAUUUUCUCAGUACAAAGCCAAGUAUGACCAUUUGCUUCUACCAACCAGCAGGAGAUAUCUCAUCUGUCUUCCUCCAGACAAAUACUUGAAGGACCAAGAUACAUUCCCUCGGGGCAAAGCCAAGUGUGACCAGUUCCGUCUAACAAACAGCAAAUGAGGGUGAUGAUGCCUUUCCUCAUGGAUUCACUCAUGGUACCUGCCCAAAGCAUACUGACGUACACCUCCAGCAGGUCCCAGCCAAUCAAAUCCCAAAGAGCGGAAUAGAUCUCGACCGGUUUCAGGGAAAACAUAUUCCUUUAUUUGGAAUUUGGCGGGCUUUUCAAAUUGGAAAGAAAGCGGUAGAUGAAUUGGCGCCUGUCGUUGCCGCCCUCCUCCCCGGAUUGGGGAAUGAAGCAGAUUUGAUUCAGGAUUGAAACAAUAUUAGGAGAGGCUGACCAAUCAGAUAUGACCACCCCACCAUUCCUCCCGAAGGUAUAAGAGACCGCACUUUGGGCGGAGUUUAGUAUUCUCUGUGAAGGUGAUUGCGAUCAUGUCUGGAAGAGGAAAGGGCGGUGGGAAAGGUCGCGCCAAGGCGAAGUCUCGGUCGUCCCGGGCUGGCCUGCAGUUCCCGGUGGGCCGUGUUCACAGGCUCCUGAGAAAGGGUAACUAUGCUGAGCGUGUGGGUGCCGGAGCGCCGGUGUAUCUGGCUGCGGUGCUGGAGUAUCUGACGGCUGAAAUCCUGGAGCUGGCCGGCAACGCGGCCCGGGACAACAAGAAGACCCGCAUCAUCCCCAGGCACCUGCAGCUGGCCGUGCGCAACGACGAGGAGCUCAACAAGCUGCUGGGAGGGGUGACCAUCGCUCAGGGCGGGGUGCUGCCUAAUAUCCAGGCCGUGCUGCUGCCCAAGAAAUCCGCCGCUGCUGGAUCUGCUAAAAAAUGAAGAGACUAUUCCUGAAUCUGGCAACCCUUUUAAGAGCUCUUUUAAGAGCCACUCACGGCAUCUGUGAAGGGAGCUGAAAUCUCCGUUGGGUUGAAUUACUUUCUUUUUAAUGUGUAGAGCCCUGGCCGUUGUACCUGACAGCGCUAAACUUUUAUUUCCUUUUUAUUCGAUACUGUUGCUGUCUGUGGGAGCAGAGGAAGAUUAUAUCAUAGAGUACGAGUGUAAAGAGUGUCUGGAACUACAUUAUUUCUCAUUGCACGGUCCCUGCCUGAGUGAUCUUAUGUUUGAUCAAUGUUCUAUGAGCUGAAAAUGUGUUGCUGGGAAAGCGCAGCAGGUCAGGGAGCAUUCAAGGAGCAGGAGAAUCGACGUUUCGGACAUGAGCCCUUGUUCUAUGAGUUUAGAAUAGUGUCACGGAUGUUGCCGAUCGGGUUUGGCUUCACAUUUCCUUUAACUUCAUCAAUAAACUGAAUUCUCCCACUGUC